AUGGCUCUCUUUGGCCUGGUGUGUAGACUAGCAAAAGAAGCCCCUCAACUGCAGUUUUCUUUCCUCUGCACUCAAAGAUCAAACUCAAUGGUCUUGUCAAAUGAAACUAAUAUCCUCCCAACCAAUAUCAAAACCUAUGAUGUGGACGAUGGCUUGCCGGAAAGGGUUGAUCACUUAACAUUAGAUCAUGCACUGGAAAGUAAGUACUUCUUUAAACAGUUCCCGGAGAACUUCAGACGCGGUGUUGAUACAGCGGUGGCAGAGACAGGUGGUAGAAGUGUAACCUUCCUGAUAAUAGAUGCCUUUUUCUCGUUUGACCUUGGCAAGUUGGCAGAGGAGAUGAAUGUGCCAUGGGUAGCGUUUAUGGUACCUGCACCUUAUGAUCUUGCUGUCUGGUUCGAAAAGGAUCUCAUUCAACAGUUCUACACUAAUGCUCAAACCCACAAUGAUCACCCAGAAGACCAAGUCGUAGAUAUCAUUCCAGGGUUACCUCCAGUACCCUUUAAAGACUUCCACUAUGAAGUAUUCCAGAGAAAUCCCAGUAGUCCAGUUGUCCAAAUUUUAUCAUCAAUGGUACGAAAAAUUACUCAAGCAUCUGCAAUUGUGUGGAGCUCUUACGAAGAACUAAAUCCUAGUUUCCUCACAAAUUAUCUCAAGUCCAAGGCUCAAAAUUUACUCUUUGUGGGUUCAUUAAACCUAUCAGGCACAGAUGCUACGGGGCACCUGACAUGGCUGGAUCGACAAAAAACUGCGUCUGUUGUAUAUAUAAGCUUCGGAACAAUCGUAGCCCCGGGUCGCGAGGAGUUAAAGGCAUUAGCUGAAGCGCUUGAAGAGAGUGGUGUUCCAUUUCUUUGGUCUCUCAAGGACAAGUUCAAGGAGUAUCUGCCUGAUGGAUUUGUCGAGAGGACUGGAACCCACGGAAAGGUGGUUCCAUGGGCAUCCCAGAGGAAAGUAUUGGGACAUCCUUCAAUUGGUGUACAUGUGACUCACAGCGGCUACGGUUCUGUUUUAGAAAGCAUCUUGUGUGGAGUGCCAAUGAUAUGCAGGUCAGUGUGGGCAGACAGUCAUUUGAAUGCGAAGAUGGUGGAGGAGGUGUGGGGGAUUGGAGUGAGAUUCGAGAAUAGAGUAAUCACUAAGUCUGGAAUGCUCAAGUGUUUGGACAUGAUUUUCCAACAGGACAAAGGGAAGGAGAUCAAACAAGCAGCUACUGCCCUCAAACAAGUUUUGGAAAAGGCAGCUGGACCAGAUGGUGUUGCUGCUAAACAUUUCGAAACUCUGUUGCAGAUUAUCUGUGAGAAGUAA